CUUUUUCUGCACCUAUAUAGAUUUUAGUUCACGUUUUUUAUACCCCGCCACGGGAGUCGUGAUUACACUUUUUCCGACAGCAACAAAAAGCAGCACAUGAGCAACGCCCGCCCCUAUCCCCUCCCCCUCGACCGACGUCAUGUCAACGGCUAUUUGCAUGAAGUGUUUUCUGGCUGCAGCCUCAAGUCGCCUGCAGAUCAGGACUCUCUGAGGGGGAAAGCGAGGGAAGAGGCGCAGCGAAAAUAGGAGGAGGAGGGGGUCUCUUGUGUUUCCCAUAAGCGGAACAGAGGGGAAAAACAGCCUGAAACCAAGGGUAAGGUGUCGGAUACCAAAAGCAGAGGGGGGGGGGGAAGCAGAAGAGUCGCCUCUCGGAAAAUGGAGCUACCCGCCGCUGGAGAGCACGUCUUUGCGGUGGAGAGCAUCGAGAAGAAGCGCAGCAGAAAGGGGAGGGUUGAGUAUCUGGUCAAGUGGCGAGGAUGGUCUCCAAAGUACAACACGUGGGAACCAGAGGAAAACAUUUUGGAUCCAAGACUGCUUGUGGCUUUCCAAGACAGAGAACGUCAAGAGCAGCUGAUGGGAUAUCGCAAGAGAGGACCAAAGCCCAGGCAUCUUCUGGUUCAGGUCCCUUCAUUUGCCCGGAGAUCCAGUAUUUUGGCCGACCUUCAUGAGGAGUCCCUGGAUGAGGAAAGCUGUCAGAAGACCAACCCCAUCCAGAUGCUCCGUCCCCAGGCCCAGCAGUACCAGCUGAACAGCAAAAAGCACCACCAGUAUCAGCCCCUGUGCAGGGAGCGUGAGGCCGAGCAGCAGACCAACGGCAAGAAGUUCUACUAUCAGCUCAAUAGCAAGAAGCAUCACCACUACCAGCCGAACCUCAAGGUGCCUGAGCCUGUAUUUGCCAAACCCAGAGAGGUUAAAGCCCCAGAGCUGUCCAGCAAAGGGUACAAUCUCCCUCCAGUGCUGCAGCAAAAGUGGGUCCGGGAUAAGGACUCAGGCUGCCUGACCAAAGUGAAGGAUAUCACCAUGGAGCUGAAGAAGCUUCCAGCCGACCUCAACGGGCACAAGGAGCCAGAGAAGGUCAAACCUAAAGAGGAUGCUUCACCACAGUCUAAUGGUGUCAGCAGCAGCAAGCUAAAGAUCGUAAAGAACAAAAACAAGAAUGGACGGAUUGUAAUUGUCAUGAGCAAGUACAUGGAAAAUGGGAUGCAAGCCGCUAAAAUUAAAAGCGGUGAUUCUGAAACUGCUGAAAAGCCACAGCAGGGAGGUGGCAACAGCGUGGAGAACCACCUGGAGAAGAUGAAACUCGUCAAGAAGCUCGGCCUCAUGAACGGAUUUGCAAAAAUCCCCAAAGACCAACCAGCUGUUCUCAAUUCUGGACUUAAUGGAGAUUGCCCUAGAGAAAUGGAACAAUCCCCCAAAAUGGAACUGACUGCAAGAGAACAGGAUAAACAUUUUGAGGUCAGGGGUCAGCGGCAGCUUCCAGCGGAUCAGCCUUUACAACUGACAACCAAGCCUAAUGUGCUCUCCUCGCCUUCGGAUAGAGAAGGUCCCUCUGCACUGGACAAAAGAGGAAACCAAGGUGGAGUUCAAGGACUUAAACGACACCACUCUGACACAGAUAGCAAGGAUCAUGGGACUAAUAAGAAGUUUUUGAGUUGCAGGAAUAUCAUCGCUCCUAACCCUGUUUCUUCGCCCGCCCAAAGCACCAGCAUCGACCAAAACAGACACCAGCGUCACACUGGAUUGCAGGAUUGUGGGUAUGUAGAUCAAGAGGAGCCUAUUGACUUGAGUAUUGUCAAGUCCAAGCCUAAAGCCGCAACUUCCACAGCAAGCCAGCCUGAGACACACAUACAAGCAGAGACACACACACAGGCUCCAAUUCUAGCACAACCCGAAACACAUACACAAAAUGAGGCACAGUUAGACACACAAACAGAAACACAGCGUCCGACUGAAACAUCAAAACCCGCAGAGGGGAACACUGAGUCAUCUAACAAUGAAAAGAAAAGAGAGGGGACAUUUCCCUCUUUCCAACCUUUCCUCGGAAAUAUCAUCAUCACAGACAUUACUACAAACUGCCUCACAGUUACCUUUAAGGAAUACGUAACUGUGUAACAGCUGGGUAACAUCUGUCUAACUGUAUAAAUGUACAUUAGAUAUAUAUAUUGUAUUUUCAGAUGCUUGAAUGUACAAAUGAGCCCUUAAUGUUUUCAUUUUGUAUAGCCCAGAUAAAAAAAAAGAUCUUUUUAUUGUGUUAUUUGCAUAUUUCUUCUUCUAAGCUCUCUAAAUGCUGUUAUUUGGGGAGAUUUUAUCACAUGCAGUAUCUUAUUUCAAUGAUUUCACAUGUAGUUGAAAAAGCUAAAUUAAAUCAAAUCAAUGUUGCAACUUUAAUUGAAGAUGCACUUAACUCUUGUAAAUAUCUUCGCUUUUCCAUGGAUGUAAUUUCAUUUAUAAACUCAACUGUCUAGUGUCAGAUGAUGUUAAACAAAUGUAGUCUAUUUGGAGAAUUUUGUAAGGAGGAAAAAUGUUAUUGAAUCAUCGUAAAUUACACUGUGUUAAUUACUCUGUGUGUGUGUGUGUGUGUGUGUGUGUGUGUGUGUGUGUGUGAACAGAUGGACAGAUGUAAGCAAGGAUGCUGCUUGGACAGAUUAUGCUAGUAGGCAUACUUAAACAAGGAGAUAAAGAGAAAUUAGGCACCUUUCUGUCAAGAAAUGUGAGUUGCUUUGUUGAAAAGGAAGAGCAGGUGUUUUUUAAGGUUGUUAAGGGUUCAUGUUUGAUGUACUGUAUGUUCCUAUUAUUUGGUCUCCGUUUCAAGUGUUUUGAGUCCUGCAUCUGGAGAUCUCAUACUGAGCACAACUCACUUCCAUUAAGAUGGCAGAUAUACAACCAUGUGACCAUAUAUCACUCACUCACUGUGGCCACACUGCCAGAUGAGCUGUGUAAUCCAACAGAUUAGCACUACCAGCCGGGUGCCUCCUGUUCUCUGGCACAGUGAGUGAGGAGACUGAAGGCCGUUUUCUUAAGAAAAUACAUUCACUCUGUCUUAUUUAGAGCAACUAUUGCAACAAAUUGGUACUUAUCGGUAUAUGACAGCAUAUGUUCUUGUCAUAAUCAGAUUUGUUCCCUUGUGUCAUACAUGCCUCCUCUCCUCCUUUAAGGUUCCCCUCCAGCACUAUCACUCUGUGAGAACGGUGACCAGCUGCAUUAUUGAUGUUUUGUGUGCAGACCAAAAAGUGAAGGCUUCCUAUGAUACGUUUUGCAAUAAUAAAAUUGUUUGCAAGUG